AUGGUAUUUAAGUGUGACAUUGCUGUUUGUGAGUAUUUACUUCACCACUUCUAUCUUACUAUAAACCUCAUCAUUGCUGCAGCUUUCACAAAGACAUUCAGUGGCACUUCAUUGUCCAUUUACAAAUGUACAACAGAUUCAAUCUAUCAAAACAAUCAGUUUCCAGAUGAUCUUCGAAAGGAUUCAAUAAGAGUUGUCCCUGUUAUGCGAAAGAAGCUUCAAUCAUUGCGAGAAUCGGAUACUACAGAAGUGGGAAUGAGACUGAGACAGACAUUGGAUUACUUAAUAAUAAGGUUUGUAUUGAUGCAGAGUUUGGAGCGUUGUCAACGUAAAGACUCAGUUGCUUCAAAGCCUGAGAAACUUGACUCAUUAGGUAUUGAAAACUCUUUCCAUUUUCUUUCUGCUUAUCAAUAUAUUGGAGAAACAUACUCCAGCGACGUCAAUAACUGUGGUACGGCCCUCCAGUGUCUGGAAUGCAACUCGCAAAGCCGGUGUACACGAGUUCGAACUGCAAGUCCUAUUUCAAAAGUGAUGGAACUCCCAUUUAACCAGUACUCAUGGCUUACAACUCAUAACUCUUUUGCUUCGAGGGUAGCGAAUUUGAGUAUAAACUCUCAAAUUUCGUCUGUCACGAAUCAGGAAGACUCCAUUAUAGAUCAACUGCAUAAUGGUGUGAGAGGAUUAAUGUUAGAUAUGCAUGAUUACCAUGGUGACAUUUGGCUGUGUCACGGGCCGUGCACAAUAUUUACAGCCUUUCAACCUGCUAUUCAUGUUCUAAAAGAGAUCAAUGUAUUCCUGACACAACAUCGAAAUGAGAUCGUCACCGUUUUCAUUAAGGAUCAUGUAACAUCACCAAAUGGUAUUAACAAGUUGUAUCAUUUUGGAAAAGAGGAAAGUCGAGAAUAUCGUAUACCAUUCCUGAAAUCAGUCUGUGAUCCUGUAUCUCUAACAUUUAAAAUGCCCAUAAUUUUUCAGGAAAGUCGAGAACGUCUUCGCUUUUAAGGGCUGAACAUGGAACUGUUAUGUUAGUCUAAGAAAUGGUUAGUCUAAAUUGCUAAGAUAAUAAUUCUGUCUACUAGAGUUGAUAUUUUUUCUGUCCAAAAUAAAUGAUUUCAUAUGAUACUUAAAUAGUUUGAUUAAAAGAUUUGAAGAUCUUUCAUUUUAAAAUAGCAGGUAUGGUUUACGAAAGAAUCACCUUCAUCAAUGUCGUUGACGUUAUGAGUUUUUUAAAUUUGUGUAGCUGAGUUCAAUAGGCUUAUAAGAAUUUCCACCAAUAUCAAUAGUGAUGUUUUAUAACAAAAUUACAAAACUAUAUAUAGGAAUAAUUCUAAAAAGAACUAUAAAAUAAUUCUUUUACUAAUAAUAUUGAUGUGGUUAGUUAUCAAUAAUUUUCAAACUUUCAACAUUUGAUUUUUGAAAUUAUCCACCAGCCAAGAAGGCCCAAAGUUAUAGUAAUACUACUAAUAAUAAUUUAUAGUGAAAUAAAAAGGCCUACAAAUUAAUUGAAAAUAUUCUUUUUAUUAUUAUAGUGUGAGAAGUAGUAUGUUCAAUUUAUGGAUAUGUUAUGAUAAAACAAUUAAAACAUUCAAUUUAAAAAUAAACGUAUCAAUUUUUCUUUGUAUCCUCAUAUUUAUUUUCAUAUAAUUUUUAUUUAACUAUCUUAUUUAAUUUUUUAUGUAAAAUAAAUUAUUUAAAAUAAAUGGGCGUACCACACUGGUACCCGUGCGAAUGCACGGUUUUCACGUUAAUAUUCAAAAUAUUGAAUAUUAACGGAAGCACGGAGUUAUUGAUUAAAAUAUUAAAUAUUAACGGGAGUACGAAUUUUGAAUAUUAACAAGAAUAAAUUUAGAAUAUUAACGGAAACCCGAAGUUACUGAUCAAAAUAGUAAAUAUUAACGUGAACACAGAGUUAUUGACAAAAUAUUGAAUAUUAAAGAGAACACGAACUUAUUGAUAAUUUUUUUGAAUAUUAGCAUAAACAUUAAGUUAUUGAUAAAUUUUUUGAACAUUAAUGAGAACAAAUUUGGAAUAUUAACGGGAGCAUAAAGUUAUUGAUUGAAAUAUUGAAUAUUAACG